GGAGAGAGCGGUUGCAGCUACAGGGAACAGACGCUACCUCAGAGACGCACCAACAGCAUCACCAUGACUCUUUCAGCAUACAGAGAGAAGAUGCGAGAGCUCCCCCUGGUGUCUCUCUUCUGCUCCUGCAUCCUCCCUGUACCCCGAGAACCAGCGGCUCACAAGACAGAAGCAGCAGGGGUGGUGGACCUGAACCUGUGCGACAUCAGGGACAUGGAGGUGAUAGAGCUGAGUAAGCGGGCCAGCGGCCAGGCCUUCGAGGUGAUCCUGAAGCCCCCCACCUUCGACGGGGGCCCCGAGCUCAGGGCCACCACCCCGCCGCGCCAGAAACCCUCGCUGGAGGAGAUCCAGAAGAAACUGGACGCUGCUCAGGAAAGGAGGAAGUUCCAGGAGGCGGAGCUGCUGAAACACCUGGCUGAGCGGAGGGAGCACGAGCGGGAAGUUGCUCAGAAAGCUUUGACCAAAGAGCGUCAGGAGCACCGCGCCGACGCCGACAAGGAGCGGCGGCAGAUGCACCUGAGCACCUCGCAGGAGGAGGACAAGCACAAAGUGGAGGUGUCUUGAUGGCCUGAUCACAACACAAGCUGAACAUUAUUUGGAAGCCAUUUUUGAGGGCUGUUGAGCUGAUUGAUGCGCCGGGAAGCUGGCGCUGCUCUGACUGACAGGAAGUGACUGAAAAGAGUGAGAGAAGAAGAAGAAGCGACACAGGAGGAAGAGGAGGAGAAAGACUGAGGCCGAGUCUGACCUGAGCCGAACCUCCUCUGUACAACCAGGAGUCUUAUCAACGAGAUGAACUCUUCAUAACAUGAUGCAGCGCUGCAGUUUCAGGCAUCACUAGAUCGUCUGCCAGGUCUUCUUACUGUGCUUUGUUGCUAUGCCGAUGGUGCCAUUGUGCUCAUGUCUGCGUGUGUGUGCGUGAGGCUGCGUAUGCACAAAUACCAACCGUAUCCGAAUCAGAGCUAACGAGAGCUGGACCAGAUCCUGAUUCACCUCAGGAAACGGCAGCGUUCAGGCUGAGACUCUGAAAAACAGAAGCUGAGGUAGAAGCAUGGACUGGACGGAGACACGCAGUCUUUAUGACGUGGAUUUGUUAGAAACCCGUGUGAAAUGGCUCCACCUGCUGGACGUUUGUAAUCACUAUGUUCAUGUAGCUCCUCAGAGACACCUAGUGGCUGUUGGAGGUACUGUAGAACAGAAGCAACUAAAAAAGAGAAGUUCACGAAACAUCUGAACUGUUCCAAGAUAAUUCAACAGUAGCAGGUAUUACUUGGGUGGGGGGGAGUUAGCAUGGCAGACCAAGGCAAGGGUGAGGCAAAAUACCACCAUUUACCCUGCGUUCACACUGAAAGCGUCAAAAAUCUCCUUACGCCAGCAUCUCGCUGUUUGGAGCGUUCACACUGAAAGCUGCUGCACCGUUGACGGCGGCAGUGGGCGGGGCUAAAGCUGCAGUGGGCGGGGCUAAAGCUGCAGUGGGCGGGGCUAAAGCUGUGCUGCAGAACUGGAGGGAACAGUGGGAACAGCCACAUAUAGCUGCACAUCUUCAGUUUCCUAUUUCACCAUAGAUCACACUUUGGGCCACCUUCUUUAUAUUUUAGCGUUAUUUCCGAGUAGAUAAGAGUGAGUUUGAUGCUCCUUAACAAGUUUGGUCUGCGGAUCAACAUCAACCGCCAACGAGCCCUUGCUCCCGGUUGCGUCACACCAACGCAGAGCCUACGGCGUAGUGUACGCGGCGACGCACACGUACACUACGCCAUCGAUUUAACGUGGAACCAUAAUUCAGGCUUGAAGCUGCAGUCUGGCUGCGGAUUUAGUCAUGAUGUUUAAACUGUGUUUUGUGAUUAAUAAGCACGGUUUUUAAUUAUUUUGCGUUGGAUCAAUGUAGAAAAUAAAAUCGUUGGGACCAUUCAGCUCCUCAACCAUCAGUUAGUGUUUCACAUGAGGUAAAAACGUCAGUCAAAUCAGCAAAAAUGUCAGGAUGAAAUAUAUUAAUUCCUGAUAAAAUAAGUUUGUUAGUGCACAGCUCUGCUCCUGUACGCAUAUGAAUGAGUGAACGUUUGUGUGAACAUGAAAGUACAAUCUGCAUUGAGGCUUCUCGCUUCGGGAAUCCUGGUCUGUGAUUGGACGCUGCCUCGGCGUCAACGCUGCUCAUUUGCAUAAAGUUCAGAUUUUUCAACUUCAAAUUGACGCGCUGCUCCGGCUGCUCCGGCUGUUCCCGACGCCUCCGCUGCUUCUGCUGCUUCUCGACGCGCGUUUUCAUAGAAAAUGAAUGGUGCCGGCUGCCUAUGACGCCCGUGACGCUUUCAGUGUGAACGCAGGGUAAGAUUAGUGUCAUUAUCAAGUGACAUAAUCUGUAAAAUGGUCAUCCAGACUUUAGGAGGGAGCCCACAUAAACUGGCACCAGUCCGGCAACCAGACUGGUUGUGUGGAGGCAUUUGCUUCUGAAUCUCUUAGUACCGCCUCCUGGAAAUCAUCAAGUGCAAUCCAGAGGAUACAGAAUUACUCUUUGUACCCAAGAGUAGAAUAAUUUUCAUAGUUUACUAGGCCAAAGUCAAGAAGGAGUCAACCACUCACUCCAGACAAGUCCACCCUGUACAAUCAGAAGUCCAGCUUCUAUUUUUCAGAUUCUGUGCUUGGGUUUAUGUGGAACAAUCAAGAAUUUGUACCAGAAUUAGUGCUAACGUGUGAAUGUGAACUGGGUGAGGAACAAGGUGGCGUCACUGAACGAGAUGUUUCUCUGUUAUGUUGACGGUAAACUGCUGUAACAUUCGCUACAGAGCAGGAUUACGGCACCACCACCAUGCUGAGUGAAUGAAUGUGUUCAGUGUUUACAACUGCUUUUCACCGGCUAUAUCAUUGUCAAAUGUCAGGAUGUGUUGACGAUGACGAUGUACACAAAUCACACUAUAUUUUAACUCAAAAAUAAAACAU